AUAAACAUAGAUAACAACACAUGUCAUAGACAAAAAGUCAUUUGGUUUUGCUUCUUCUCUAACAAAAGUUCAACUACUUUUUAGUUGAAAACUCCAAGUUUCAAUUAUGAGUAAAGAAGGCAAGGAUAGUCAUCAUCACCAUCAUGGUCACCAUGGCCAUCAUCACCAGGAGGUACACCAAUCACCACCACCACCAGCAACUGAAUAUGGUACUUUUGGACAACCUCCUUUGCCGGUAGCCGGUUUCCCUCAACCAGUUCCUCCACCGGGGGCACUUGAACCUGCUGAAUACUAUGCUCGUGGUUAUCAAGCUGUUCCAGGUAAUAUUGAUGAGAGUGGAGCUGUGAUAGAGCCUCCCCUUCCUUGCUGCGGUAUUGGUCUUGGCUGGUUCAUGUUCAUUACUGGUUUCUUUCUUGCUGCCAUCCCUUGGUAUGUUGCUGCAUUUAUCCUGCUUGCCACCAGAGCAGUUGAUAAUCGAGAGAAACCAGGAUAUGUUUUAUGCACCAUUGCUGCUGUUCUCGCUACAAUUGCUAUCGUAUUUGGUUUAACAAAGAUUUAACCAGCAAGUGGGGAUCAAUCUGUGUGGAAUACUCAUAUGUGUGCCCGCUAGGUGGCUUGAUUAAUGCGCAUUUAUUCAGAAAAUGUCUGUACAAAAAUUGUCUGUUUUAGAUAUAUGCUUCCUAUAUUUGAUGAAACCAUCCAAAACUCAUGAUAUUGUUUGUGUAAGAUUUGCUUAUGAGAGUGACUGCUUUAAACAUGGGAAUAGUAUGCAUUUGUCCUGGGAGAAAUCAAGUAACACAGUUGUUGUA